CUAGAAGGGUCAAGAUGGCCUGUUUCCAUGCUGUAAUUGUUAUAUGGUUAUAUGGUUAUAUGGUGCAGGCUCGAAGGGUCGAAUGGCCUACUCCUGCACCUAUUUUCUGUGUUUCUAUGUCUCUAUGAUGUGUUGGCCGGUGUGGGCAAGUUGGGCCAAAGGGCCUGAGUCUACGCUGUAUCACUCUCUCUGGCGAUCACUCUAAGGGUCUCGACCCAAAACGUCACCCAUUCCUUCCCUGCAAAGAUGCUGCCUGACCCGCUGAGCCACUCCGGCAUUUUGUGUCCACCUUGAAGGCUAACAUUUUUAUUGUCAAUUGACUGCUUUAACAUUGAACGUUGGAAGAAAAUAACUGCAAGAUUAGUUUUGCUGGCAUGUGCAAUGUGUGUUUUUCCUGUGGCGGGCGGGCAGGCUGUGGGAGGAGCGAAUGUUGGCCCACUGCCUACUUAUCUAACGUUGUCCUCAAGUCUCUCAUUACCUUUCGUUCUUUUAAAGUUCUCUCCCUCUCUCUCUCACUCUCUCUCUCUCUCUCUCUCUCUCUCUCCUCUGUCUCUCGACAGGCAGGGCAGCAAGUCCCUCUCAUAUCCAUGGCACCGCAAACUCUGGAGAAGGUCUUUGACAAACUUGGCCACUUCGGACGAUUCCAAGCGACUGUCUAUUUCGUGGUCAACUUGCAGACUAUAGCGUGUGGGAUCCACUACUUGGCCUCAGUGUUCCUCGCUGCCACGCCGGAGUUUAUUUGCAGACUGCCGGGCAACGUGACCACAAUCCUGGUGGCCAACCGGACGGACGACCCCGCGGCUCUGUGGGAUCUGUGGACGCCGGGGUCCCAGCGGGUGGUGGGGCGGCUGGACAACGGAGAGGUGUGGGAGGCGGAACAAUGCAGCCGCUACCAACGCCUCGGCAGCUCCGAGCUGGCCCACGCCUUCGCGGGCAACCGCUCGCCGUUCCCCUGCACCGACGGCUUCAUCUACGACCAGGGCCACAUCACCGACAGCAUCGUGACCGAGUGGGACCUGGUGUGUGAGCGGGCGUGGCUGGCUAAGCUCACCCAGCCCAUCUUCAUGCUUGGAGUCCUGCUCGGAGCCGUCGUGUUCGGAGAUAUUGCAGACAGACUGGGUCGACGAUCGAUACUGUGGUUCACAAGUGUCUCUCAGUUUGUGUUUGGAGUCGCUGUAGCAUUCACUAACGACUAUUAUAGCUUCAUCAUUGUUCGAUUCCUCCUGGCCCUGGUUGCCAGUGGCUACCUUGUGGUGGUCUUCGUCUAUGUGACUGAGUACACUGGGCUGAAGGCCCGGAGUUGGGCCUCCAUGCAUGUCCACGCCUACUUUGCCGUCGGCAUCAUGGUGGUGGCCUUGGUGGGCUUCCUGGUGAGGAGCUGGCGGCUCUACCAGCUCAUCCUGUCCCUGGUGACCGCCCCCUUCAUCUUCUGCUGCUGGCUGCUGCCCGAGACCCCGUGGUGGCUGCUGGCCAACGGGCGGACGGAGGAGGUGCAGAAUCUGAUCGACAGGAUGGCCCGGUGGAACGGGGUGAAGAUGCCCUGCCACCUCUCCGUCCUGCAGAUGAACGGGCCCGAGGAGGCGGCCGACAAGGAGAUGACCAGCAGUGACCACGUCGCCAAGGACAGGAAGAUGAGCAUCCUGGACCUCUUCCGCACCUGUAACCUGGUGAAGAGGACCGUCACCGUUUGGCUGGUCUGGUUCACCGGCAGCCUCGGCUAUUACGUCAGCUCCUUGGGAUCGGUCAACCUGGGUGGAAACGAGUACCUCAACCUCUUCCUUGCAGGCGCUGUGGAGAUCCCAUCGUACAUCGUCGCUUGCAUUGUGAUGGAGAGACUGGGAAGAAGGAACACACUGGCUCCAUCCCUCUUCCUGACUGGCAUCGCCUGUAUACUCAGCAUGAUCAUCCCACAGGAUAUAAAGGCGCUGACCAUCACAGUCAGUAUGAUUGGGAAGUUUGCAAUCGCAGUUGCGUUUGGACUAAUAUACCUCUACACCGCUGAACUCUAUCCAACAAUAAUACGUUCGUUGGCUGUUGGCAGUGGGAGCAUGAUGGCCCGCGUUGGAAGUACAGUGGCUCCGUUCUGCGUUCUCCUUUCGUCUGUGUGGAUUUUUCUACCACAGCUGAUCGUGGGCAUCAUGGCUUUCCUGACCGGCCUCCUGACCCUGUUGCUGCCGGAGACGCUGGGCCGGCCCCUGACCCAGACCUUCGAGGAGGCAGCGGAACUCCAGAGGAAACUGAAGCAGGAGAAAGAGGCCUCGAAGCGCGGCGCGACCAACUCCGCCUCGGUCACGGUGAGGCUGGAGAAGCCCGACUUCACGCCCGACGGUGGCGACAAGCUAAAGGAAGAGCAGAAUCUAAUCGAACACUUAACAAGGUUGUAGACCACGUUGGGCCUUGAAACCUACGGGUCGAAGCUCGGGGGUUAAAAUCCCAAUCAUUCACUAACGUCUUAAAUCUGUGAAUUUGAUAACUAUACAACAUGGAAGGAUGUAAAGUAGACCGUAAGGUAAUUUUUUUGUAGCUUAUACCUUCUUCAGGUAAUGAAGGUCUGAGAUUCGUCUAUGAGAAAGCAAGAGAAUAAUUUCAUAAGAAUUAUAAUGUGUGUCGAUUGACAGCAAUUGAAAUUUAACUGCACAAUGAAUAUUGACUGAUAAUUUCAGUCCAUCUCAUAGCCUACAAUAGGCUGCGUUUUAUAUUCCUUACCGAGUAUCUCUGCUGGUAAACGGUUCGACAUUGUUGAUUCAAUGGGUGUCUAAAUGGGCCUGUCUCAAUGCCUAAUCGUUUAAGAAGGAACUGCAGAUGCUGGAAAAUCGAAGGUAGACAGAAGUGCUGGAGAAACUCAGCGGGUCUUUCUGUCCUGGGCCUCCCCCAUGGCCAGAGUGAGCACCACCGGAAAUUGGAGGAGCAGCACCUCAUAUUCCGCUUGGGCAGUCUGCACCCUAGCGGCAUAAACAUUGAAUUCUCCAAUUUCCUCCGGUAGCCCUUGCUGUCUCCUCCCCUUCUCAGCUCUCCCUCAGCCCUCUUCCUUUCUCCUUUCUUCUCUCCACCCCCCCCCCUCCCUCCACCCUACAUCAGACUAAAGAAGGGUUUCAGCCCGAAACGUUGCCUAUUUCCUUCGCUCCAUGGAUGCUGCUGCACCCGCUGAGUUUCUCCAGCAAUUUUUUCUACCACUGCCUAAUCUGCCAGUUCUGGCGAGUUUGCCCUCGACUCGUACUCCCAGCAUGGGCGACACAAGGUCCUUCGCGCUCGAGAGUGGUCCCCGCGUACUCGAGGCUUCAGCUAGGUCGUGCCGUAUUUUUCAACAUGCUGAAAAAUGCCCGCGAGUAAAAAAUGGUCGCCAUGGAACAAAAUCGAUACUUUUUUUACUCGUAGGUUUGGUCGAAGUAGGGCGUAGUAGGUCGGCAUGUUAGUCGUAGGUAAUCAAAGGUAGUCGAAGGUAAUCAUAGAUAGUCUUCAACAUAGUGGAAGGAGGUCUUCUACAUAGUCGAAGGAGGUCUUCAACAUGACAUUUUUUUUCAAACUCUCCUAAACUCUUCUAAACUCGCCAAUUGGGUCGCCGUAGUGGGACAGCCCCUUUUGGCGGCUCUUUAGGCGACUGCCAGGGACUAGUUUUAACGAACCUGGCGACAACCUACCACAGCACCCUCGUCAACCUACGACAACUAACGGCAGCAAAAAUUGUCGCCACCGUUGCCGAAAAUGUUGAAAAUUAUUUCGGCAAUCGCCUGUAGUCGUCCAAAAAUACACCUAAGUGGGACAGGCCCAUAAUAAAACAGAGUCGCAGAUAUGUUUACGAUCUUCAAUAACUUUAUGCAGCACGAGUGGAGGAGAGAUCUGUUUUGGGGAAAGGAAUUCAGAUUUACAAGUUAAAAAUGUUGUUUUAACGGCUGUACAAAUCAUAAGUCAGGAGUGGUGAUGUCUAUAUACUGCUGACCAACUAAGUAUUAUUCCGUUCUAGAGUUUUAUAGAAAUAUAGAUGCAGGAGGAGACCAUUCGGCCCUUCGAGCCAGCACCGCCAUUCAUUGUGAUCAUGGCUGAUCAUCCCCUAUCAAUAACCCGUGCCUGCCUUCUCCCCAUAUCCCUUGACUCCACUAGCCCCUAGAGCUCUAUCUAACUCUCUCUUAAAUCCAUCCAGUGACUUGGCCUCCACUGCCCUCUGUGGCAGGGAAUUCCACAAAUUCGAAUUCGAAUCAGGGGAAACUUGGGAGAAUUAGCUCUUGAAUACGUCUUUUGCCCAGGAUAGGGGCAUCGAGAACAGGAGUAGUAGUCAGAACCCCAACUCUCAGUAUGAAGAUGGGUCUCGACCCAAAACGUCACCUUGUAGCGGCCUGGUCAGAAAAAGGUUAGAGAUGCCAGGCAGGUUCAAAGGUUCUUCAAUGAUGGGAGUGAGCAUCCGCUCACAACGAGUUCGACUGAAGUGACAAAACAAACUCGGAAAACCCCUGAGCGGAAAACCGGAAUCCCUGUCCCUGUCCAUCAAGUGCCGGGGCGGAUGACCAGAGGAGUGGCCCAAUAUCCAGGGACCGCCACAACCCGCUCCUUCUCUCCAAAGAUGCUGCCUGUCCCAUUGAGUUAAUCCAGCAUUUUGUGUCCAUCUUCAAGAACCAGAGGAAAAUAGGCUUAAGGUGAGGGGAUUUAAUUGGAGCCAAAGAGGUAUCUUUUUUCACACCAUGGGUGGUGGGUGUAUGGAACGAGCUGUCGGGAAGGUAGUUGAGGCAGAUGCGAUUGCAACGUUUAAAAAAAAAAUAUUUGGACAGGUCGAUGGAUAGGACAGGUUGAGAGGUUUAGACUAGUGUAGAUGGGGCAUGUUGGUUGGUGUGGGCAAGUUGGGCUGUGUGAAUCGAUGAUUCAUCUUAAGGAGUUCGACAGAGUUUUCUCAGCAGUACAGAGCAACAAACUUAAAUCGGAAGGAAAGGUUUAAUGAGCAGUAAACCUACAGUAUUCAAACAUAUAAAUGCAAAUAAAAGACAUCCUCUGUACUUACAGCCAUGUUGACAAUUGAAUAGUGUCAUAAGAGCCAUGAUCACAUUGAAUGGCGGUGCUGGCUCGAGGGGCCGAAUGGCCUACUUCUGCACCUAUUGUCUAUUAUCUAAUAUCAAAUGCACCUCAGUACACAAAUAAAUAAAAAAAUAUGUUAGUUUUGUUCAUAAUAUGAACUUAUUUAAAAUCUUUGGCAGGUCACAUUAUAGUAGACCUAUGCUAUAAAUAUUUGGACAAGUUAAUUGUACUGUUUGAAAUUGAACUGUGUUAGUGAUUAGAAAAUCUGCAUACAACUCAUUGUAUAAAGACGUGCAGUGUUUACACUGAACAUUGACAUAUGUAUUGGAUCACCAAAUGUAAUUGCUGUGAAUGUUACCGAAGGUUCAUUUAAGAAGGAACUGCAGAUGCUGGAAAAAUGGAAGGUAGACAAAAAUGCUGGAGAAAAUCAACGGGUGAGGCAGCGUCUAUGGAGCGAAGGAAUAGGUGACGUUUUGGGUCGAGACCUUUAAGGUUCAUUUAAGAAAGAAUUGCAGAUGCUGGAAAUAAAAUCGAAGGUAGACAAAAAUGCUGGACAUCUAUUUCCUCCGCUCCAUAGAUGCUGCCUCACCCACUGAGUUUCUCCAGCAUUUUUGCCCCGAAGGUUCUUGUCAAAAUAUUAAAUAGUAAAUUCACAAGUUCUUGACCGUGGCAUUUCAGUGAUUCAAGUGUCACACAUAGAAACAUAGAAACUAGGUGCAGGAGGAGGCCAUUCGGUCCUUCGAGCCAGCACCGCCAUUCAUUGUGAUCAUGGCUGAUCGUCCCCUAUCAAUAACCCGUGCCUGCCUUCUCCCCAUAUCCCUUGACUCCACUAGCCCCUAGAGCUCUAUCUAACUCUCUCUUAAAUCCAUCCAGUGAUUUGGCCUCCACUGCCCUCUGUGGCAGGGAAUUCCAUAAAUUCACAACUCUCUGGUAGUUGAGGCCAGUUCGUUGGCUAUAUUUAAGAGGGAGUUAGAUGUGGCCCUUGUGGCUAAAGGGAUCAGAGAGGUAUGGAGAGAAGGCAGGUACGGGAUACUGAGUUGGAUGAUCAGCCAUGAUCAUAUUGAAUAGCGGUGCAGCCUCGAAGGGCCGAAUGGCCUACUCCUGCACCUAUUUUCUAUGUUUCUAUGUUUCUAUUCUGCCACUCAACACAUCAUUAUUCACUAGACAAUACUGUUUCUAACAAACUAAACCCUUUGGAAAACAAGGUGGUGUUCUCUUUAAGAAUGUAAAUGUUAUUUCGUUUCUCAGUUUGAAAAUCUAUUGAAUCUCUUGAGUUCUUAUUCCAAGUGUUAAUAAUUGUCCAUUAUUGACAAAGGCCAAUAGACUCCUAAUCACAAGUAUGCAGGUACUUUGGGAAUAAUCUUUACGGACUAGAAUGAUCAUUGUGGAUUCUGUGAAAUUAUUUUGCUUUUCGAAAACAAAAUAAGCUAAGAAUUUCUUCAAUAAAUCUUAUUGAAUCCAA